GGGUUAAAACCACCAAAUUGCUGGGUUUGUCCAUUUUCAACCCAACUUGGGUUGUUUUUAACCCAGCAUUUUUUAGAGUGUAUCAAAAAUGGGUCAAAGACUUCUGACAGAGAUGCUGAAAGAAUGAAAUUACAAGAUUAGAAUAUAAAAUACGACUAACAAAUUGAUAAGAUAGUAAAAUAACAUGGCUUUUCGAAAGGAUGAAAAACACUUUCCAUUUCUUUUGUUAUUAGGUUGCAGGUCAUAAUGGCUACUGUGCGACCCCAAAUAACAUGAUAUUUAGCCCCUGGAAUGCUAAUUUUACCAGGGGAACCCCGCCAAAAAGCGGAUUUUACCCCCAAAUCCCUUAUUCUCACAGAAUUAGGGCCUGUUCACACCAAUAAAGAUAACUGUAACGAUAUAUUAGCAUCCACACUAAUGCACGAUAUUGUUCUGUUUAUUUCAAGCGUGCAGCAGUUUUGUCGUCUGCCGCUUUAAAGGCCCACUGAAGUGUCUUGGAACAUGCAGCAUUAUUCAGUGUGUUUACAUAAUUUCAACUGAAACACGAAGACGGGGUGGGACAUAUCAAACAGCUCCUCCCCUUUUUUAAAAUAGCCAACAGUGUUUCGUUUAUAUCACAGCUCGGCCAGAGCAGUUGAGCUCGGAAAAGCCUCAGUUUCCUCCUAAUCUCUAACCGUUUCUCCUAAUCUCCUCCAUAUCGCUUUAAAAUACAGCAUUCUUGCAGAAUUAAAAUGGGUCUGAUACGUUUUCUGGUCUGCGCCAACUCGCGCAUAUGAUCCGCUCUGUGCUAUAGUGUCUCUGGACCGGAGCAGACUGUGCAGUUCACUAACGUGAAACCAGACUUCAUUCGCCUAAUGGAAAGCAUAUUUACACUGUCUUAAUUGUUCCCUAUCCCCUAUAUAGUGCACUAUGCAUCAUUAAUCAUGUAGAAAAUAGUAAAUGUGUGACCGAUUUUAGCCGCAGCUAUUUAUAAUGUAGGGGGCGGGACGCUUUAGAUUCUAGAGAGCAUUCGAUUGGACAGAAAAUCAGUGAUGUCAUUAAAAUCGUUGAUCCAUAUUGGCGGAUGUGUAAGUUUAGAACGCUUAUAUCUUCUAAAUACGAAUUUUGUCAUUGUUUUGGAGCACACUAGCUUACAGAUAACAGUAAGGCUAACAUAAUAUUCAUACUAAAAGGCAAAAAACUUCAAUUUUGUUUUUUAAAUUCUUUAAAUGCCCAAGCUCUUUAAAUUUGGGUGGAUUCUGAUUGGCUGUCAAAGUUUCAUCAUUCAUCAGCUGGGAAAAAAAUCAUUCUGAAAGUGAUUCUUACAAUAUCGUUUCUCUUUGUCGUUGUAGCUGUGGUGUGGACGAACCUAUUCUCAUAAAAUUAGAACAAUUAUUAAACUUUAUUGUUAUCGUUACAGUUAUCAUCCUUCGUGUGAACGGGCCUUUAGGCUUUUUUUUUUCUUUUCCAAAAUUGUAAAUUUCGUUAUUCGCCCUAUGUUAGUAAUUUUCCAUAUUGUUGCAUGCAGAUAGAGGUUCCUGAUAGUUCUGCUGAAAAUAAAGAUAUAAUUAAUCAGAGCACAUCAGGUCUAAAACAAACAAGCAAACAAGCAAAAUCACAGAAUAUAUAAACCAAAACAGCUGAUCCAGACAACUUCCAGCACACAGGUGUCAGAGGUGUGGUGAUUCUCUCUCUCUCUCUCUCUUUCUCCAUAUCAAUCAGCACCAAUGAAUAUGAUGCAUGAUCACAUUUCUACUUGGGGCCUCAUGGUGUUAGUUGUAAAGUGUACAGUGUAACUGAUGCUAAAGCUUCAUCCACUGCGGGUGCUCAGGUGUCAGUCAAGCCAGCACUUUCACCUCAGUUCAAGGGGCCCCAGGCGUGAACAGCACUGAAAAAAAAUUGGGGUGUGAAAUUAACCUUUUUGGAAAUGUAUCAUAAAUGGGUAAUUUGCGGGAGGGAAAAGACAAUAUCAUUUGUUCAACAUAACAUAAAUAUUGUCUUUAAUAUAUUUAAUGUAGUUCUAUAUAUUUAUAAUUAAAAUGUACUUGAUAAUACAAUGAAUAAAAACAACGUCAUGCUCUUCAGUCUUCAAAUUACGGGUUCUAACUUCGUGCCAGUAAAGUUCAAAACAACCAACGCGCAUUGCUUCAGUGUGCCAAUCAAAGUUAGCCCACCCUUUGCUGUCUUAAGCAGUCUGAGUGGUACUAUAUCUGUUUAAGCUCUCGGCUGAGCAUGUUGUCAGAAUGGCUUCUAUUCCCUUACACCAAAUAAACCAGCUUUAAAAAGUUUUAGAAGUUAGUUUAGGGCUCGAUCUCCGUCAGACUGGAGCUAUCGGAUCCAAAAAACUGGUGGAGUGGCGGCAAGUCGUGGAGGAACAACAGGCAACACUCUCGAGGGGCAAAGAUGUCCCGCGAGAACCAGGAUGAGACCGUGAUGGACCACGCUGGCCCCUUCCAGGACUUCUGCGAAGUGGAGCGUCCUGAGGAGUGCUGCGAGCUCGUCACCAUCAACAUUUCAGGUCUGCGUUUCGAAACACAGCUUAAAACACUCGCAAGAUUCCCGAACACGUUGCUAGGAGACCCGAUUAAAAGGAUGCGGUUCUUCGACCCGUUGAGGAACGAGUUCUUCUUCGACAGAAACAGACCAAGUUUUGAUGCUAUUCUGUAUUACUAUCAGUCAGGUGGGAGGCUUCGAAGACCCAUCAACGUGCCGGUUGAGAUUUUUAUGGAUGAAAUCACAUUUUACGAAAUCGGUGAUGACGCCAUCCAACAAAUCCGAGAGGACGAGGGUUUGUUGAAAGAAGACGAACGGCCAAUGCCGUCCAGUGAGUUUAAGCGUCAAAUCUGGCUGCUGUUCGAGUAUCCUGACAGCUCAGGGCCAGCCAGAAUCAUCGCUAUAGUAUCUGUAAUGAUCAUCCUGAUAUCAAUUGUUAUCUUCUGUUUAGAAACUUUGCCGGAAUUUAGAGAGGAUGAUCGUGUAUUCAAUAAUCACCUUGCGCCGAACGGAACGACUUCAGGAAAAAGGUCAAGUACAUUCACGGAUCCAUUCUUCUUGUUGGAGACAAUCUGCGUCGUUUGGUUUUCCUUCGAACUGUUUGUAAGGUUUCUUGCAUGUCCAAGCAAAAUUGCCUUCUUCAAAGAUAUUAUGAACACUAUAGACAUUGUGGCUAUUAUUCCAUAUUUCAUUACUUUAGGUUUAGACCUUUCUGAGUCCGAAGCAAGCUCACAACAGACCACGUCUCUCGCCAUACUGAGAGUUAUCCGCUUGGUGCGCGUCUUUAGGAUUUUCAAACUCUCACGGCACUCCAAGGGUCUCCAAAUUCUCGGCCAGACCCUACGAGCGAGUAUGCGAGAACUUGGACUACUGAUAUUUUUCCUUAUCAUCGGCAUUAUAUUGUUCUCCAGUGCGGUUUACUUCGCUGAAGUGGACGACCCAGAAUCGUCUUUUACAAGUAUCCCUGACGCGUUCUGGUGGGCGGUUGUUACCAUGACUACUGUUGGAUAUGGCGACAUGUACCCAGUCACCAUUGGAGGCAAAAUUGUUGGAUCAAUGUGUGCCAUUGCAGGAGUACUUACAAUCGCCCUGCCGGUACCAGUAAUCGUGUCGAAUUUUAACUACUUCUAUCACCGAGAAAACGACGCGGAGGAGCAAGUGGAAUAUACGCACGUAACUUGUGGCCGCCCGUUACCUUCGCUUUGUGACCGAAAUAAAAGCGACAGUAAACCCUCUCUGGUGAUAUCAGAGAAUUCAAAUGACGACGACUGGAAUUCAUCAAGCAUAUCAAAUUUGAAUCCAUCAGAGGAACAUAUAUACAAACUCACAGAUGUAUAAGAAAUCCAAUAAGAGUCGUGUAUAGAGGGUAUGCACUGACGUCACUUUCCCGCCGGAACACGCUCCCUCAGCUGGACUGAGUGGCAAAAGAACCUGCUGCAUGACUGGAUUUAAUAGGGGAAACUGCGAAAACGCGAGUAAAACAAACGAUUACACUAAAGAUUGGGCUAGAAAGUGUUCCCUAUAACAUGUCAAAGAAACCUAAUCCAUGGAUAUUGGCAUGCAGCCAGGAAUCAUGUUUCCUGACAUUUAUAUGUGCCUGAUUUCGACGCACGGGAAAUACAUAAAGCAAAUCUACAUGUGAACGCUUUAUAUAAAUACAAUAUAGGUAGGUUUAAAUCAGAGUGAUCACUUAUAUUAGUGUUAUAUAUAUAUAGUCACAUCAUCCAGCCCUAAAACUUGUAUAGUUUUUGUCAGUGUUUAUUUAAAAACACCCAAUUAUGCAGAAUAUAAGAUUGUAAAUAUUUAAUUGAUGAGUUGUCAACACAUUAUAUAACAAUACAAUAGCCUAUAUAGGGUAUGAUUUUACCCCAAAAUCCAGCAUUUUGACACAAAGCGAUAACUAAAAAUCCACGUUUCUCUGCCUGGAGUCUAGUUGUUUCUGUGAACUGCCGCGAUCCAUUUGCUUCUUUUUUUCUGUAGCUUUCGGCAGUCUGUAAAAAUAUACCUCAUAUUUUGUGUCAGGGCUAUUUGUGCAGUCAAUCGCAAAGCUUUUUACCGUUUUGGAUGUGUUUUGUGUGUUUUUCACGCUGAAAACCAAUGCUGCCACUCAGUAGGCGUAACCGUAGUCAUAACGGUCGACGGUGACGUCACGUGCAUACCCUCGUUCUUGUUUCUAGAGUUCCAACUGUAAACUAGUCAGUAUAUGUGAUAUCACAUUAGUUGAUUUCUAAUAUAGUGUGCUAAGUUCCUACGCUAAGAGAAGGUGCUUUAUGUAAACAGUAAAUUAUUUUUUCACUUGUUCAAGUGGACAGCGCCGCUUUAUUGUGAUAUAAUGGGUAUCGAUCGCCCCCUUGCGGCUGGGUUAGGGAUCUGUAGAGAGUCAUCCAACAGCCUACCUGUAACCUGUCUGAGAACGCAAAUGUCACAUUCACUGAUGGGUGCAUGUCUCAUUAUCUGUCACCGCCUUGAUGGUAUUUCUAAUUGCAGGAUGCAGCAGAUGUAUGAAGGCAUUUCUUCUCUAUAAAGAAGACAGAAGUUCAUAUUGCCUUCGUAAACAUGCAAUAUGUGAGCAUUAUAACCUUUUAUGUCCGUGGCGGUCCGCCAGAGGAGGAUAAAUGUAUGUAGUUGAAAGGAACGUAAUACAAUUAACUUUUUCCAUUUACCCAUUAAUGUACAUAAUAACGCAAAUACAUAUCGUGAAAAUAUUAUAUAGGCCUACACAUAUGCUUUCAGUAUGACGUUAGUGCGUCAUCAAACUUGUUGUCAGACAAUAGGUGAAGAGAAACUUUCAAAUUUAGCCAUUCAAUUCAAUUCAAUUCACAUUUAUUUGUAUAGCGCUUUUCACAAUACAUAUCGUUUCAAAGCAGCUUUACAGAGAAUGCAUGUCAACAUUACAAUUUGGAGAAUGCAGUUAGCUAAAUGUAAUAAUUUAGGCAAUUAAUUUACAAUCACUGUUAGCAAUUUAAUUGAAGGUAGAAGCAAAGAGCUCCUGGAAAAAUGAAUUACAUAUUAACAAUAAUUAGGAUAUAUAGAAAUUUGCGAAUGUGCGUGUUGAUCCAGAUGUUGCAUCUUCUGAAGUCCUCGCAGGAGUUGGCGCCGUCUCUUCCAAAGUUUUAGUCAUCUGAGGUCUUCUUAAGAGGCUGGAUCCAAACUGAAACUGAUGUACUCUCUAGUCAAACGGAAAAGCAAAUGGAGAAUAAUUAGCAUAGCUGCUGUUCAUAGCAUUAAGCAAAGAUAGUCAUGUGCAAUUGAUCUGAUAUGAGAUGGAUUAUGUGAAUGCUUGGCUGAAGAGAUGUGUCUUUAAUCUAGAUUUAAACUGGGUGAGCGAGUCUGAGCCCCGAACAUUAUCAGGAAGGCUAUUCCAGAGUUUAGGAGCCAAAUGUGAAAACGCUCUCCCUCCUUUAGAGGACUUGGCUAUCCUAGGUACAACCAGAAGUCCAGAGUUUUGUGAUCUUAAAGAGCGUGAAGGAUUGUAGGGCGAUAGAAGAUCGGUUAAGUACACAGGAGCUAAACCAUUUAGAGCCUUAUAGGUCAUUAGCUGUACUUUAUAAUCAAUAGGGAACUUAAUAGGUAACCAGUGAAGAGAUGAUAAAAUUGGUGUUAUAUGAACAUAUUUUCUUGACCUGGUAAGAACUCUAGCAGCUGCAUUUUGUACUAAUUGUAGCUUGUUUAUUGAGGAAGCAGGGCAACCAGCUAGUAAUGCAUUACAGUAAUCUAGUCUAGACAUCAUGAAAGCAUGAACUAACUUUUCUGCAUCAGAAACAGAUAACAUAUUCCAUAUCUUAGCAAUGUUUCUGAGGUGGAAGAAGGCUGUUUUUGUAACAUAUGAAAUAUGAUUUUCAAAGGACAAGUUGCUGUCUAAUAUAACACCCAGGUCUUUAACUGUCGAGGAUGGAGUAACAGUACAUCCUUCUAAAUGCAAAUUGUAGUCUGAGAGAUUCUGUGUACAGGUGAAAUACAAAAUUAAUUAAGGAUAUCAAAAAAAAAAAAAAAAGUGAAAGUAAAAAUGUUAACUGACAGGCCGCCACUGAUUUUUGUAAUAUAUUGUAAUAUAUUUGUAAUAGAACUUAUUAUUAUUUAUAAAUUGAUUUAAGCUCUGUUUAAUCCUUCAUGUCAUUACCUUAUGAGAUAUUGCUCUUAAAAUAUCUCAGUAAUCUCUGCCUUGUGUAAUAUGUGUGCUUUAAAAAUUCAAGAGUUGCUCUUUGCACAUGUUGCCUUGCUCAGGAUAAAAUGUAAUUGGUCUGACACUAUAUAAUUGUUACCUUAACAUUUGUUUUGGUUAUUAACCUGCCUACAUGACAUUAUCAGACCAAAUGAACAAACUAUUUUUCUAACACAUUAAUGAGGUAUGAAUUAACUUAUUUUUGGUAAAUAAAUAUUUUGUCACAUUCAUAAUCAAAGUUUGUUUGAAUCAUUUCUCUCAUUUUUUUCUGUGAUCAAUAGUUAAUAUCUGGGUGAUCAAAAAAUAUGAUCCUGUGAAAGAUAUUGUACAUUUCAUAUUAACCGGUUUUUUGCUUUUUGUGUGUGUGUGUGGGGGGGCUUCACUGUAGCAUUGUAUCAUAUUACGUUGAAUAAUAAUAUUUAUUUUUAUUCAUAAACACUUGCAAUUUGACUAGAUUCAGUGUCCUUUUUAAAGAAACUUUUGGAGGUGUGCAAUUAUAUUAUGUCUCCAAAAUCAAGAUAAAGUAAUUUGGUCAUGGUCAGUUUAAACAGAGAGAUGAAACGCUUACAAAACUGCACAAUUACUCCAUCAAUAAUGUAUAACAGGUGGGAUCUAUGACACUUCAGAUAGCUCUGAUUAAUGACUACCGAUGCAUUUAUGUUGAUUGAACUAAUCACUGCUCACCGAAAGUAGGCCUACAUGUAUUGAGGGGAAGUCAUUGAACGGCAAAGUGAGGAGAGGAAAGGGCUGCCCAUUUCUUAUUCAUGAUAUUUAGCAGUUAAGAGCUCACUGGAGCUGCUGUUCUAACAGCGCCUGACAAUGAAAACUGUUGUGCUUGUACUCUGGUUGGCUGAUGGACAUGUUCAUGAUGAUUUAUCUGAAACCAAGUAAAUCAACUCAGAUCAACUGGAUAUGCCGUCUGCGUUUCAUAGGUCAUCUUAUAUAUUUUAGCCUAUAUUUAUUUUAUGUAUCUUUUUAUUCAAGCUUUUCCCUCUAUUAAUUAAGUCACGUAUUGUUUUACAUGUUCCUGACACUGUGGGAGGAUGUCAUGCACGGAUCAAUCAUUUCUCUUGUGUUUACAUCGUUUGAUGAUGUUUGUGCGCCACCUACCGGUGAAUCAACA